AUUAUGCCUGUUCAAGAAUUACAUGGAAUUCGUUCAAAUUCAUUAAGAUCAAUACUUCCACCUUUUAAACAACCAAAAAAAGUUUUUUGGCUUUGGAGACAUAAUUUUCGUUUUUUUCUUUUAUUAAUUGGAUUUUUGUUGAGUACUUCAUUAUCUAUAAAUACAAAUUUAUUUAAUUUUACAUUAAUUUGUAUGGAAGAAGAAACAAAUAUUUUAACUAAAAAUCAACAAAAUUAUUUAAUGUGGGGAAUGGGCUUAGGGAAUUUAUUGGCGGCUUUUCCUUUUAUUUUUCUUUAUUCAAAAUUUGGUCCUCGUUAUGUUUUUUUCUUUGCUUCAAUAAUUUCUGCAAUAAUUACUGGAUUAACACCUUUGGCUAAAAUAUAUGGAUUUUGGCUGUUUUUGGUUGUUAGAAUUAUUCAAGGAAUAACUUUUGCAGCAGAUUUUGCAGCUUUGGGUAUUUUAUGUACACAAUGGGCACCUUUAAAUGAACAUGGACUUUUUCUUUCAUUAGCUUCAAGUUUCUCUCCAUUUUCAAUUUCUAUCGCAAAUUUUCUUUCCGGACUUUUUUGUUCUUCAAAAAUAUUUGGUUGGCAAUUUAUUUAUUAUAUUUCUUCUAUUUUUUGUUUUAUUUUGGCAAUUCUUUGGUUAUUAUUUUAUGAAGAAUUACCUCAAUUCUCGUCACAAGUAACCUCAAAAGAAUUUAACAAAAUUCAAAAUGGCAAAAGUAAUGCCCAUAUAGAAAUGAAAACAAUUAAACAACAAAUACCUUAUAAAGCAAUUUUAACUAAUGGAAUUGUUUGGAUAUGUUGGUUAAAUGCUUUUGCAGAAUUACUCCCUGGUGUAUUCAUUAUGCAAUAUAAACCCCAAUAUUUUAAUUAUGUUUUGGGUUAUAGUAUUUUUGAUACAGGAUGGUUAACUGCUUUAACUUCUCUUUUACAUAUUCCUUUAAAAUUAAUUUUUGGUUGGGCAAGUGAUAAAAUUAGUUUUAUGUCAGAAAAACAAAAAAUGAUUUUAUUUAAUAAUAUUAGUGUUGGAUUGCCAGGAAUUAGUUAUAUUGGCUAG